GGUAACAAAGUUGUCAAGACGACAAAGUUUCACACACCUAGAUUUGUUAUUUAAAGUUUUUAGUUGGCAUUACUUUGAUAUUGAUAUAGAAUUGAAAUUAUGCCUUCAAGAAUUCAGGUCAAGCUUGUUACAAAGCACAAGAAAUAUUUGGAACAACAGAUACAAUUACUGGAACCUGUUAUAGGAGAAUUGAAAAAUGUUGUUGCAAAAAGUAAGGCGUGGCUAGAAGAAAAAACUGACAAAUCAUCUGUCAGCUACAUCGAGCUAUCACAAGAACUGGACACAGCAGCCACGGUCUUGUUGGAUGUGACGUCACAUAUUUCAAGCGAGGACAACAUGGAUGUCAACAAACCAACGCCAUCUUUACCACAGCCUGACACACAGACAACAGCAUCAUUUUUAACAGUAGAAUCAACAAGACAACUCAAGACACAAGUCACACAUACAGCGGUUGAAGAACAUCCUAACCUAGAGCGAAGACUCGCCUAUAUUGAAACAACACUGUCUUCACUACAGGACACACAACACAAGUCUACAGAUGACAUAUCAGAAAUAAAACAAUGGAGAGACAACUUUGUAACAGAACAGAGUGACAUGGGGGUAAACAUUGAACAACUGACUAAAAAACAAAAGCAGAAUUUUAAAAACCUCAGAAAACAAAUGAGUGUACAAGAUAACAAAGUAAAGGAGCUGAACAAAGAAAUUGAAAGUUUAAAAGGGAAAGAAUCCAAGUCAAACAAAACACUAGAGAAACUGUCUCUAGAUAUGAUAGAGCAUGAAAACAAAUUACACAAAUUAAACAUAGAGAUGAAUGAUCACACAGAUAAAACAGCCAGUAUAAAAAAAGAAAUUAAAAGACUUUCUGAUCUGAUGGCUGCCUUACAAGAAGAGAGUUCUAAAACCAUACUGAAUACAUCAACACAAAUAGAAAAGCACAAUGUGAUGUACAAACUACCACAACAGAGAUUGAUGCCUAUUGACAAACUGAUUCAAGUCUUUAACAAGAACUUGGAAACUAGAGAAGAAAGAAAAACGAGGGUGCAAAAUAUUGAAGAUGCCAUUUCAAAAUUGUCCAAAGAUUUGAAUCUAAUAGAGUCACGUGUAUGUAACAGAUAUGCUUGUUAUGUAAGGCUUGAUGAGCCCACACCUGUCAGUACUGGAUCAAUUAUUUCAACAUUUGGUAAAGUACGUGAAUAUAACGGUCAACAUUUUAAUCAAACAACAGGUAAAUUUGUAUCACCACAUGAUGGGCUAUAUCUUGUCUGUGUAACUCUACAUGAAAGGGAAGAUAAACUGAUUAGAGUUGGUGUUUGGGCUGGAGACGAGUGAUGUACGGCUACAGAAGUGAAAUGUGCCGACACUAGCGCUGCUGGGUCAGUGGUUGUUGACAUGAAGAAAGGUCAAGAACUUUACUUUCGAGUGUUCCUCGCAGAUCAAGACGCAGCUUUAUCCUGCUAUAGUAGUUUUAUUAUCGUUAGUUUAUAGAAGUACAACACGAA